AACUUUUUAGGGUUUUAACCUUUCAGGUUUUCACAGACUAAAAACAAGACAGCUGAGACAAACCUUUACAAAAAUCUGUUGAGUUUCUCAUUUUCAUAAUUUCGUUACAGAUUUCGGAUUCGAAUGUUCAUUUGUAUAUAGCAAAUCUGGGAUUUAAAAUUUCGAGAUAUCAUAUACGAUUCUCAGAGUUCAGAGCCGGUGUAGUCGUGACAGACACUGUGAAGUUUUAAAGCUUAUGGCCAAAGUGGCAUAAAAAGGUAUGUUUGUCAUCUUGAGAUGCAAAAAAAGCAAGGAUACCUAUUCGAUUAAUUUUUUUUCAUGGGUUCUCGACCAGGGUUAUCACACAGCAAAAUGAAGUUAAAGGUCGUGUGCUGGAAAGCAUAUAAUUAUGUUCGAUAUGAUUUGAAACAAAUUGCCUUCCCUUCAUCUUUGCCUGAUCCCCUUCACAUUACAAAGCGAAGAAAAUUAACCUGGAAGGAACGAUAUUAUGUUUUGAAGCAAGCAUCUGGGCUCUAUGCAGCAAGCUGGGUAAGGGAUAUUGGUCCUGAUCUUCGGCCAAAUGACUACAAAAAGGAGGAUCAGUUCACAGAUAAACAUGAUGAUGGAGUAAAUGCCAUAGCAAAUGAUAAAGAACCUUCCACAUUAGAGGAUCUUGCGGUUGCUGCCAGAGGGGGAAUGGAAACUCUAAGGCCUGCUUUACAACGUGUCUACAUGACAAGGGCAUCUUCCUAUAGAGAUGCUCUCAAGAGCUUCAUACAAGGGUAUCAAGAAGGCAUACAGCAAGUCAUGUCGGGGAAGGAUGAUCCCAAAAUUCAUCAGCCGGAAGACCCCCCUAAGAAAUCUGAUUGAUCCUUUAUAAUAGGACUAUAUUUAGUUGUUUUUCAAGAAACAAAAUAAAUGAAACGUAUGAUGUCAGUUGAUUAGUUAGAGAAGCUUUGACUUCUAGAAGUGGUGUAUAGAAUGCCCUCUUCUUUUUUGGAUCAAAUUGUGAAAACUUCACUUAGGAAAUUUCAGAGAACAUUCUACU